AUGUUCAGACUACAGAUUCGCCCGAGUAGCCGCUCCUCAAGCCUUCGCUUUCUUGUCGUGGCGUUAGUGCUGCUCGCUAUCGUCCAUUUGUACCUCUCACUACCAGUAGAGGCUAAAUAUCGGUCAAAAUGGAGCUGGAACUCGGGGAACGAUGACGAUGUAUGCGGUGCGUUCUCAGGACUUGAGCGCGUAGUAAUUACAGUCAAAACCGGAGCCACCGAAGCACCCGAAAAGCUUCCCACGCAACUGCGAACGUCCCUACGGUGCGCACCAUACGUCUAUGUCUUCUCAGACAUGGAACAGAAGAUUGGAGAAACACAAAUCUACGAUGCGCUGGACACAAUUCCAGCUGAGGUCAAGGACGGAAACUCGGACUUCGACAUCUAUCGUAAACAGCAGGAACUACAAGAUCCCGCUAAGAUUGUUAGUAUCUUGCGGGAUUUCAAAGACCCACGAAGGCCCGAGGACUUGGCGGCAUGGACGCUCGACAAAUAUAAGAAUCUCCACAUCGUUGAGAAGGCCUGGGCUCUCCAACCGGACAUGGACUGGUACUUCCACAUCGAUGCUGAUACCUAUGUCAUAUGGUCAAGCCUAUUAGCAUGGAUACAAAGGCUUGACCCAUCUAAGGAAUCCUUCCUAGGGUCCUUAUCCUUCAUCGUUGGAAAGCCUUUCGCCCAUGGCGGAAGCGGGAUGUUGCUUUCAAAUGCAGCAACACGCAACUUCCUCAGUCAUAACGGUACAGCUGCGCAAUGGGAUUCCAAAAUGCACGAAAAUUGCUGUGGCGACUGGGUUCUCGCUCAAGUUUUGCAUGAAUACGGUAUAGAAGUGAUGAAUUCAUGGCCUACCAUCAAUGGAGAAACACCAGACACGAUACCCUUUGCUUCUGACCACUGGUGCCAACCGCUUGUGACUAUGCACCACAUAACUCCUGCUGAUGCAGAGCGACUUGGGAACUUUGAACAACGAAGGCAAAACAAAAGCGCACCGGUGCUAUAUUCAGAAAUCUUCAAAGAUCUUAUCUUUGAUACAAUACCCGACUCCCUCGAGGAUUGGGACAAUAAGAGCGAAGAUGAAGCAGUUUCUGGUAUUGGUUCUGCGGAAGAUUGCACCGAAGCGUGCGCGCACAAUCCCGACUGCUUCCAAUCGCUCUACACUGGUGACGGGUGCACCUUAGGAACGAAAAACUUUAGGUUCGGCGAAAAGCACAAGCCUGAAGAUGGCAAGAGGUGGCAAAGUAGCUGGAAUAGAACGAGAAUUGCGGCAUGGGCGUCGAAGCAAAAGCCUUGUGCUGGGGCCACGUUUCCUUUCCAGGAUUGA